ACCGUGCAAAAAAUUCCAAUAAACGUUUUCCAAAAUUAUAACCCAGUCUUUAUAAAUAUUACAUAGUUUCAUUUCUUUUAAGUCAUUCAAAGUUAUUCUCGUGAGCACAUUCUUUCAUUAAAAGUUUUUCUUUGGUUUUGGAAAAUAUUUAGGAAGAUCAAGAGUAAAGUAUGUCUAGACACAGAAAAGAAUUAGAAGUGAGGUUUAUACGAUACACACAAGAUGUAAUUGAUGAUACAUUCGAUGACGGUACACGUUUAAAUGACACAUUGGAUGGUCUUCGAAAUAAACGAUACAAAGUAAACGAUAAAAUACCAAAAAUAACAGUAGUAAAAAAAGAUGAAAUUUAUUUUUGCCAAGACAACAGAGAGCUUUGGGUGUUGAAAGGGCUCGCAGCGUUCUUGGAGGAAACUGAAAAUGUCGUAUUAAAGGUACCUGUUAAAUUUGGAAAAUUAGAAAAUUUGAAAAUGACAACUACAACAGAGGGCGAGGAUGUCAGGUUACGUCAUAAAGGGUCUACUGAAGAAUUUAGGACUAUCAAAUCCGUAGAGCUGUCGACAAUUCGUUACAGCUCUGAUAAAAUUUAUGGAUUUUCCCGAUCAGGUGAAUACGAGAUAAAAAGCUUCUUAUCCAAUUACCGCGACCCUAGUCAGUUACCAGUGCUGGAUGUUGUCAAAAGAAACGGAAAAUUGUAUGCUUUAGAUAACAGACAACUGUGGCUAGUGAAGCACUGGUUUCAGAAGAAACCUGGUGGCGUGGAUGAAGAAGAGAAACAACAUUCUCCUAAUAUGAAUAUCGAUGAUAGUAAGGAUAGUUCAAACAAUGAAAAUGAUAUCGACAGCCAGGACCUUGAAGGUGCCGUUGCAAGAAGUGUUGAUACUGAUCGUGUAAAUAUGGAAACACAAUUAUCCUCAGACAAGCAAGAAGUACGCAAUAAAAACUUUGGUGUUGAAGUUCACGACGAUGUUGUUGUAGUGGAAAUGAAACCAUAUGAUACAUUUUUGGGAUAUACCGCUCUUGUAAACGAAGGCAUAUCCAUAAGAUUAGUACAGGAAGCGGAACCAGAAAGAAACAAACCAAAGAAAAACUCACAUCUCAAAUAUAAACCACUUACAAGACAGAGUCCAUCGAACGAUCGGAGGAGCGUUAUGCGAUAUGCAGAAGCUUACAGAAAACAGCCGCUCGAAACAAUAAAAAAGAAGUAAAAAAUUACAACGGAUAUUUUCUUGAAGUUUUUUUACUCCCUAUACAACGUAUUGUACUGUUUUUAAAUGAUAUAUUUAAGAUGACAUUUUGAGCGUUUACCUGUAAACUAUUAUAAAUGUUUCAAGAUAUACCGCACAAUAUAUUUGAUUACAUGCUUCUGUUAUGUUGGCCAUUAAUUGUCUUACAUAAAUAUUUUCUGAAUAAAACUUUUAUACUCUUACGUUAAUACUCAAGAUUAAUUUAUUUUCUUACGAUAUGUCUAAACUUUGAAGACUUUCUGCGAUAUUGGUAUUGUGUAACUGUGAUUGUCUUUAAUACAACAUUGAUGGCUAAAUUUUUGAACUGUUAUUAAAUAUGUACAGUACAAUCACUCACACCUGUCUUUUGAGGUAAAUUUUGAAGACAUCGAUCGUUACCUGUUAUCCUUUUACAAAUUGUUUUAAGUUUACUCGCUUUGUAGAAUGUAAACAUUAGAAAAUGCCUGGUUUAAUAUUUGCAUAUUUUAACUCAACCACCACUUUUUCCAUGGCAUAUGCUGUGGCGGCCGUCUUCAUGUUCUUUUCCGUUUUUCUGAACUUGGAAAAGCAAAUCAAGUUUAUUCCCUUUGACUGGAUUAGCAUAGUUUGAUUUUAUCAUUAAAUGCACAUUCAUUAUAUAUGUCCUAGAACUGCUUUAUUUUUUUAUUUUUUUAUCUUCCUGUUAUAUAUCAAAAUAUUUACCUAUUGGCACUAUAACUGAACCAUCUUUUGCUUCUGUUACUUUUUGACAGCUUUAGUGAUUCAGUAAUUUAUAUACAAGUAAAAUAAACUUUUGUUUUUUUCAUUUGGUACAUCUAUGAAAAAUAAUUUCAAAUUCAUCGCUUCUUAGGUGAUAAACAUCUAACAUACUCCAAAGAUUUAAACUCAUAUUUGCCCUUUCUAUAGGAGUUUCAAUUGCAGUUCUCGAUCAUUAUUAAUUUCUUUGUUCAAUUAUGAUGCAUGUUCAAUUAUGAUGCACAUUUUCUUUUUACUUUGUGUUAAAACUGUGUCGUAUUAGAAUGUAUUUCUACGUUAAUGUAAAAGAAUAGAAAAGCACUUGAUGAGGUUGAUAUAACUUGAUAUUUUCUAUGAAUAGAGCACAUUCAUGUUUAUUUGACAGUUUUGUAUAUACUUGUAGUCAAAUAAAUUAUAAAUUAGUACACAUCAUCA